AUCCUUGACUACGGCAACUACGGCAGACUACAGGCUGUACUUUCCGACUUGCGCUGUGUGAGUUAGGCAGCAGCGGAGGGUCUAUCUGAGGAGACUCAAAAAUAGCCCUCAAAGGCGAUUAGGUAUGACGGAUACUGAAGGAGGGUCUCCACGGGAGGACUGUACGUAGAGAUGAGGAUUCCUCCGGUGUGGGCGCUGGGCGCUUGCCAGACUGGGUGAAGUGAGAAGUGAGAGGGGAAACCUGCUGCGAACAAACCCACCACCUGGGACUGCUGAGGAGGACCUCUGUGCAGGUUCACACGGCCGUCGGCAGCGUGGAGCUUCCUGACCCAUGGAGAAUUACUUCCAGGCCGAGGCCUUCAACCUGGACAAGGUGCUGGACGAGUUUGAGCAGAACGAAGAUGAGACCGACAAUCCCAUUCUCUCAGAUGCCAAGUGGACCCAGAUCCUGGCCCCGCCGGCCCACCUGCUCUCUCUGAACCCCGCCCUGGCCCACACAGACCUCAGUCCCGGGGAGAGUCCGCUGCCCUUCAAAACCCUCCCCAACUCCAGCACCUCCAGCACCUCCCCGGGGGGAGACUCAAAGAGACUUCCAGGUCUAGAACCUCCAUCCUGGGUUAGAGGAGAGGCCGGCAGACGUCCACAGCCCUCCCCUCCCCCAGCCCAACAUCGGCAAGCUGGUGGGCACCGACGACCUCUCGCCGCCCCCUGUGACGGCCUGCCCUGCUGUGGAGAAUGGCUGCCUUGCAAGCCCAACACUGGGGGGGCUCAGCAAGAAGAUACAUUCUCCUUCAGGCAGACCUCCUGGGGAUUCUGAUCAGGAAUCGCAUCGGGAGGAAAGAGCCGACUCGGCAUCAGGAGGAGGCUCCACCGUCGGUCACACUCACUUCACCUUUGAGGUUGGAUUAGAAAAAGAAACUCUGGCACUGAGAAUAAAUCCAAAUGUGCAGCUAACAACACACAAUGGGGAAGAUGUCAAACAGGAGGUCUUACAGGACAAUGGUCAUGAAAAACAGACUGCUCACUUCAAACAGCAGCAUGUAGAGAGUCUCCUGCAUCGGGAACAAGACAUUCGUAGUGAUUGUAAGGUGGAGGAGAAUGGUGUAUCUCCUCCUGACAGGAACGGACUGGAUAUAAAGCAGAGGAGAUGUGGUCCGAAGGGACAGAUGGACCAACUCCUCAGAAUACCAAGCCUUCCCAAUGGUUUAGAGCAGGAGAGCAGUAACCAUUCCAAAGCACGGAGGAGGAGCAGGAGGAGGGUUUUUCUCCCUCUCCUGUCCCCUCCAAAGAGGACUCAGUCACUGAGGAGAAAGAAAUGGAGGAAAGCAAGCAGGAGAGCAGUGAGGGAGUAGCAGUGGGGUCAGGUAGCAUCCAACCAAAACUCAACAAUCGCCUGCAGCCGGUCAGUGUUCCCUUCGGAGGAGCGCGACCGAAACAGCCGGUCAACCUCAAGCUCCAAAUCCCACAGCCUCUGUCGGGCCAGGUCCAGAAUCAGCUCGCCAACAGCAGGAACAAAAACCAUGACAACCAGUGUCGGAGAGGCACGCCCUCUGAAACCACGCCCAGUGGGACUGAGCCCAGUUUAGUGGGGGUGAACGGAGAGGGUGUGGUCCACUCUCCUGCCCCGAUGCCCUCGGAGAGCCCGGACAAUGACCUCCAGGCCGGCCAGCAGGGCUCUCUGAGCAGGAAACCCUCCAGCUGCCUGGGUGAGGUGGCCCCUGUGUGGGUCCCCGACUCCCAGGCUCCUGUCUGCAUGAAAUGUGAUGUCAAGUUCACCUUCACCAAGAGGAGGCACCACUGCAGGGCCUGCGGCAAGGUGUUCUGUGCGGCGUGCUGCAGCCUGAAGUGCAGGCUCAUGUACAUGGACAGGAAGGAGGCUCGCGUCUGUGUCACCUGUCAUUCUGCUCUGACCAGUGCUCCAUCUUGGGGGACGCUGGCCGCUGCAACCAACCACAGUCCGAACCCCAACAACCCCUCGGAGUACUGCUCCACAAUCCCCCCCCUGCAGCAGGCCCAGGCUUCGGGGGCCCUCAACUCCCCCCCGCCUACCGUCAUGGUGCCUGUGGGAGUCCUGAAACCAGCUGGCAACGAGGGGACCCUGACACGGGAACAAAGGAGGGUGUGGUUCGCUGACGGACUGCUACCUAACGGAGACGCAUCAGAGUCCCCAAAACCUGCAUCAUCCAGUCCGGCCCCCUCCCACUCAAUGGCCAUAUCAACGUACUCAAACAAAUCCUGCACUGCUGAACACUCCGAGAGACCCAUACAUGUAAACAGGAAGUGCUGGUACGUGACGACGAAGGGCAUGCACGCCGUCGGCCAGGCAGAGGUGGUCAUUCUGCUCCAGUGUCACCCUGACGAGAAGACUAUCCCCAAAGAUAUCUUCACACACUUUGUGCAGCUCUACCAGGAGGCCCUCAGUGGCAACGUGCUGAGCCACCUGAGUCACUCGUUCUUCACGCAGAGCUUCCUGGGCAGUAAGGAGCACGGGGGCUUCCUGUACAUCAGCCCCUCCUUCCAGUCGCUGCAGGACCUGCUGCUGCCCAACCCGCCCUACCUCUUUGGCCUCCUCAUCCAGAAGUGGGAGACGCCCUGGGCCAAAGUCUUCCCCAUCCGCCUCAUGCUGCGGCUGGGUGCAGAGUACCGCUUCUACCCCUGUCCGCUGUUCAGUGUGCGCUUCAGAAAGCCGCUCUUCGGAGAGACCGGUCACACCAUCAUGAAUCUGCUCGCA